UCCAAGUCCUCGUAAAAUAAAUAAUGAUACACUAUUUUCUUUUCAAAGAUCAACUUUAUCCUCUUUGAGUAAGUCUAAGAUUCCACGAGCAACAAGUUCAAUAUCCGUUAAAUGUUCUCAGGAAAAAAACCAAAAUAAAAUUAUUGAUCAAAAUCACAAUAUAAAUAUAGAUAAAUCUCAAUUUCAAUCUCAAAAACAAAAUACUUCCAUUUAUCGUUCUCAAUUAUCUAAUUUAAUGGAAAAAUCAAACUUCAAUUCUGCAAUUAAAUCCAACUUAAAUCCAAAUCAAAAACAAAUACCGAUUUCAUUAUCCAGAAGGCCAUCAACAUCAAACUCAAAACCUACUAAUAUAUCUUCAAAUGGCUCAUAUCUAAGAUUUCGUCAACUCAAUUCCUCUUCUUCCACAUCUUCAACUUCAAAUGUUACUGUCAAUAGAACAUCAGACUCUAAUACUAAAAGAUCAAUGAAAAUAACGGAAAAUGGAAAAAAUUUAAAAAGACCUUCAGUUAGAAAAUGAGUUUAUAAUAUAAAUAAGCUGAGUUUCUCAAUUUUUCUUUUUUUUUUGUUUUGUUUUGUUUUAAUUCAUAUAUCGGGUUAUUUUGAUUAUUUUUCAAAUGUUUUUUUAGAUAAUUAAAGAACUGUUUUUAUUUCUUAUUUAUGUUUUUUUUUCAAAGUGAUAUUUCUCUUCUGUUUCAAUAGAUUUCGGAAUUGGCUGGUAAUAACUUGGAAAAUGGGGAUUU